AUGCCUUCCUCGUCUUCAGCCAUCAGGACGCACUCUCCAGAACUACCCCUCUACAGAGUGCAAUCUACCCCCACUAGAAAUCCCUCACUCUCCCCUGCCAGUCUAUCUCACGGUGACUCCGAACAAACCACCGAUAUCAUGUCUUCUAGCCGCCAAUCAACCCGCCGCCGGAGGCUUAUGGAUGUUGAGCGGAAUCUCGAAGAAUCAGAUAAGGCUUGGCUGUUUGGACAGGAGACUACGACUGGCCCCGGCGACCAACCCGAGGUCGAGGAAGGGGACAUCUACCAUAGUGCCUCAGAAAACAGCGGACAAGAGCAAGCGAUCAUAGACCUUCGCUCCCAACAACUUACUUCUCCAUCACGCCCGGCUCCUCGGCCCUACCUCCGAGGCAGUGCCAUUCGACGGGCCACUUCCUCGCGCACAGUAAGCGCAGGAACAGCAGCUCCUCCGGAAACCCCGCCAGGGUCUAGAAAAGGCCUAGCAACCCGCGGCAGGGCAAGUGACGGCCGCCGCCUACAGAAACGAAAUGCCUCUUUGCGGGAUUCAACUGCCACCAGUGCCCAUGCCGGAGACGCGGCCGAGGAGGAGGUCCCAACGAGAGGCCUCAGGAAGAGGUCUGUUCAACAAACACAUCCGUUCACUUAUGAGAAGCACCAGCACGUGCUGGCUGCGAAGACCGGGAAGCCGGUUGACGUUGGGAUAGUCGAGGAAGCUGUCCAACAAGAAAAAGAAAUUAUCCCCCAACAACCAGUGCAAAAGAAGGCUAGAAAAUCAACGGUCAGCCCAAAGAGAGCCCCAGUGCUGAACGUAGAGGCGACCAAGCUAGAAAAGGUCUCUUCGUCCAAGGUCAAACCUGCAUCAACGGAGCUCAGGACGACUGGGGAAUAUAAUCCAGCCCGCACGACACUGAGGGUGUGGCUUAAUGGCUUUGCCAACGCCUCAGUCCCUACCACUCUUAAAGACUGUGACAGUCUAGACAAGCUCAUCCAAUUCAUCGUCGAUUCCUGGGAGUGGUGUUUUGAGGGCAAAGUCUUCCAUUACGCUAUUAUCUCGUUCCCGUGGCUGACCGGACGCGAGAAUCUCCUUAUCCGGCCUGGACUGCAGGAUAGCUUCCGCAAGAUGGUGUCGGAGGUAGAAAGCUUCCCUGGCUGGGCAACAGCCGAUGGCAAUACCAUGUGUGAAGUGGAGAUCAUGGUGUAUCUGCAGACCAGGGAUGGUGGAUAA